AAAGGAAUAUUUGUCAAGUUUGAAGAAAAACUACGCAGCACAUUUUUUUUAUUUGCAACGAAUACCCUGGCAGCAAAUAUAUAUUAUCAUAAAUAGAUCAUAAAGUAAAAUUCUAAAUAUUAUGAUUUCGAUCGACUGAUGGCUACUAGUAAGUGAAUGAAAACCUAUUGAAAUGAUUAAUAUUGUGUAUAAAGAUAUAUGUCAACAAACUUUAUCUCAACAUUACAGCACACUUCUUCUCAAAAAGUUUCUAUUGCAUUGAAGCCAGUGUUAAUCUUCAAAAUUUUGUAUCUGCUUUUCUUUACUUUUGUAGGUAGGUGAUGAAUCUAAUGGAUUUCUAAAAGAAUGAAAUAUUUUCGUGUUUACGUUGUAAUUGCCUCGCUGCUUCUCCUCGUAACAGCUUUGUUAUUCUGCAUCAAUCUGUAUCCUCGUCCAUCCCUCGAUGUUUUUCCUAACGUCCUUCCUCAGCCUAAUGGAAAACUGGAGCGUGAGCUGACAUUUUUAUAUCGCAAUGUUGAAUCUUUUGUGCUCUUCGUUGGACAUCCAAGAAGCGGUCAUAGUUUGGUGGCUGCCAUUUUAGAUUCCCAUCCAGAAAUAAUUAUUUCGAAUGAGUUUAAUCUUCUUUAUAAGUUUGACAGUUUCUUUAAAAAUCCUAGCCAAACAGACGAUGAGCGCAAGCUGAGGAUAUUCUAUGACUUACAUACUCGCUCGCGCCGACAGGCCAUGUUUGGUAGUCGUUCGUCAAUUUGCGACAGCUCCGUAUCCUACUGCUACAACAUUAAAGGAGGCUGGCAAGGUUAUUGCAAAAGUAAACUUAAGGUACGCAACACAACAGCGUUGGACUUUUGCAUCGAUUUUUACUUCAACAAAGUGUGGACAGUUCAAUAUCUGCGUGAUCUGAGUCACUACCAGAUCCUGAAUGUAUGCAGCCGAGAUUUGCUGACAAAUCCACGACGUACUUUACAAAUUUUAUGUGACUUUGUCGGUGUUUCUUGUUACAGUGAAUUUGUCGAGUUAGCUACAAGAGAUCUCUAUUCCAAGUCAUCUCGGUCUCGGUAUUUGAUAGAAUGGAAUAACGAACAGAAAGAGAAAGUCAUGAAAGAAAUCCAGAAAUAUAGCUUUUUGAAAUCUUUAUUUUCGUUUGACAGUGAUUAAUGUCACCAUUAGACUUUGACGCUUAUCUCAGACACGGUCUGAGGUAUGUUUGCAUCGCUUACUUGGACCUAAGUAAUAAAUACGAGAAAAAUAAAAAAGAGUUUAACAAAACAGCUUUAAAACAUGUUUAAGUUUUGGUGUGAACGGGAUCUAACACUACCGGACAAAAGUAGCUAAAUAUGAGUUUUUCAGUUCCGAAAUUGGUAAUCCUUGCACUAUGCAGGACACUCAUUGCUUGUGAACUCAAUUUGUUGUCUGACUCCACAAGUAUGACUUCCAUAUAUAUCGAGUUCUCAACGGCUCGUUUCUCAGAAUAUAUUGAAAUCCAAACACCUGCAAUAAGGAUCUUUACGAGGAAAUGCUAUGCAUUAAGUUCGAGCAAUUAUUCUAAAUGAAGCUUAUGAUCAAUUCUA